AUGGCAACUCCUCGUUGUGGCCGAUUAGACCACGCCCCCCGACUAGUCGCACGCGGGGCUGCGCUGCUCACGCACGCUGACCAGGCGAGCUUCGGGUUCCGCUCCGUCGCCUUCCUCCUCGCGCAUAGCCACGCCCACAAGGUCGCUGCCUACCUCUUCACAGUGCUCGUCAUCGAGCCGACAAAGCCGCUGGCGUGUGACCCGGCGAGCUUGCCCAAGCUCCCGCUGAGCAAGGAGUACAACGCCAAGCUCCGCGGUAAGGAGGCCAUCAGGCAAAACACGACAGCCAUCGGAGGCAAGGGCUCCAUGUUCAUCAAACCGGGGAGGAACAAGCCGUCGAAGGCGGCGCCAGCACAGGACGCCAUUGGAGGAGGAGCUCACCGGCGCGCGCCUGGUGCACCCGAAGAGCGCGAGCCACCACUACAGCUCGCUUCCUCCCUCUCUCUCUAUCCUCUCUCUCCCCUCUCCUCGGCGCUGACGCUUCCCAUCCACGCAUUACUCAAAGCGGUGGCCGUCGACGUCGACCCACCUCGCGUCGUCCUCGUCUUCGGCGGCGGGCCCAUCCGCGUCGGCGCCGAGCUCCUCGACGCCGUCCCGUCGCUCCGCUGCAUCAUCACCAUCAGCGCGGGGAUCAACCACAUCGACCUCCGCGAGUGCGCGUGUCGCGGCGUACAGGUCGUCAACGCCGGCGGGGUCUACUCCACCGAUGUCGCCGACUACGCUGUCGGCCCUGUUCGACGUGCUCGUCGUGGCAUGCGCGCUGACAGCAGAGACACGGCACAUCUGGACCGGGGGCGUGCUACCUUUUUCCCCUAUGUUGUUCAUCAAAUGAUGAUGCUUUUUCUUUUCUGGGGAUGUCUUUCUUUUGUUGAUUUCUUUUUCGACCGCCACCGACCUCGCCGCGAGCUCCAACGUGCUCGUCGUGGCGUGCGCGCUGACGGCGGAGACGCAGCACAUCGUGGACUAGGGCGUGCUGGACACGCCGUGGGCGUGGUCGUGAACGUGGUGUGCGGCGCCAACAUCGACGAGGCGGAGUUGGUGCGUGCGCUGGCGGAGGGAAGGGUCGCCGGCGUGGGGUUGGAAGUGUUCGAGGACGAGCCCAACGUGCCACCGGAGCUGAGGGCCAUGGACAACGUGGUGCUCCGCCGGCUAGCCGCUCCGCCCCGCCCGUCGCCUGCUCUGCCGGCUGCCACUCGCCCCGCUCCAUCGGCCGGAGAGAGGAAAGGGAUAGAGAGAAGAGGGAAGAGAGAGGAUAGACAGAGGGAGGGAGGAGUGAGGAUGACAGGUGGGGCCCACGUGGGUCCCACCAUUUUUUUAUUAUUAUUUUGUGCGUGGAAUUAA